UGACUGACUCCAUGAAUGCCAGUACAUACGCAUACGUACGGCAAGUCUGGUAAGUCAAUGGGUUAAAUGCUGCUUUUAUAUCGUACGCGUACCGCACUCUACUUUUCGUCUUUAUUGCAUGCGUACGCCACGUACGUCGAGUCACGUACAAUUGUGAUACAUUCGCAUAUAUACAAAAUAAGUGAUAAUAGUAAUAGGCGGAAUGUGAUAGGGAGUAAAACACACACGGAGAAAGUAAGAAAGAGAGAGAGAGAGAGAGAGAGGGAGAAAGGGAGAGAGAAAGAAGGAGGACAGAGAAGAAAAGAGAGAAAGCAUAGAGGAGUGAAAGAGGGAGUGAGGAUAGGAAAGGAGAGGAGGAGGAGAGAGAGAGAGAUAGAGCGAGAGAGAAAGAGAGAGGAGGACGGCUAGCCAUCUUGGAUAAGAGACAUGUCGCUUUGGAGCAAACGUCAACAGCGGUAUAGUGUUUACCGCAUGAUACAUACAUUUGUCAGCUCGUUAUAAGAACCGGCUGACACGGCUAUCGACGACGACGUCGCCUACGACGACGACGACGACGACGACGACGACGACAAUAACGACGACGACAACGACGACGACGACGACGACGGUGGUGGUGGUGAGAAUCGCGUCGUCGCACGUAGCGUACGGCUGACGCGGUGGUGUAUCCGUACUGUCCGCCACGCGGACGUACUUCCGAAAUUGUACCGUGGCAAGUGGCUCGUUGUAUUAGAUACGUCGCAUGAUGAAUCGCGGUGACGGUCUGGUGCAGCGGCGACGCGUGGUCAACAGUAACAAUGGCGGCGGCGGCGGUUCUUGCGGACUGGGUCAGGACGGCUCGUGCACGGACCUCGGCACCGGUCACGGUAAUGACAAGCUGUCCGGCCAGAACUGUGCAGAUGGGGACUGCUCCUCCUCGCAAAAGGAUCUCAAUUGCAAUCCUACUGUUGACGAGGACGACGACAAGGAGACACGCCUGACGCUCAUGGAGGAGGUUCUAUUGCUUGGUUUAAAGGACAAGGAGGGCUAUACAUCCUUUUGGAAUGAUUGUAUAAGUUCUGGGUUAAGAGGAUGUAUCUUAGCAGAGCUCGGUUUCCGGGGUAGAGUGGAAUUAGAAAAAGCAGGUAUGCGUAAGAAGAAUUUGUUGGCCAGAAAGCUUGUCUUGAAGAAUGAUGCACCCACAGGAGAUGUAUUGUUGGAUGAAGCUUUGAAACAUUUAAAAGAUACAGAUCCGCCUGAAACAGUGCCCAGUUGGAUAGAGUAUCUCAGUGGAGAAACAUGGAAUCCCUUAAAAUUAAAAUAUCAACUAAAAAAUGUCAGAGAACGUCUAGCAAAAAAUCUUGUUGAGAAGGGUGUCUUAACAACAGAGAAACAGAAUUUCUUAUUAUUUGAUAUGACAACUCAUCCUCUCACUGAUAAUCUUGCCAAAAGUCGUCUUGUGAAAAAGAUUCAAGAAGCUGUGCUAGGCCGCUGGGUGAAUGACGCUGGUCGUAUGGAUAGACGAACAUUAGCGUUAGUUAUUUUAGCUCACGCAGCCGAUGUAUUGGAAAAUGCAUUUGCGCCCUUAUCGGACGACGAUUAUGAAGUGGCUAUGAGAAGAGUACGGACGUUAUUGGAUCUUGAUUUCGAAGCGGAAGCCACUAAACGUAACGCGAAUCCGGUACUUUGGGCUGUGUUCGCUGCAUUCACCAAGUAACAUUCAUUUCUUAAGUUACGCAGAUACUGAAUAAACGUCGGUUAACUAGUGUGAAUAAUGAGAAAUCACGAAUUUCGCAUGUCUUUUAGUUUCUACAGUAUGGGUAGAUACGAUAUGUACUUGACGUUGCGGUACUUCCGUAUCAUUGUUAUAGAGAAAGAUUUAUGCAGACCAAAUAAUCUGUAACCGCCAUAGGGAAUUUCUUAGGGGAUUACUUGUUUCCAUUAUUGUUAUUUAAUACAUUUGAUAGCCAAAUAUAUGAAACAAUCGUUCAUAUUUAAAUAUUGUGGAACAUUAUGGAAGAAAAAAAAACAGGUCUAGAAAUAUGAAUGUAUGUUUCGUGUGCGCUGAGUAGCCACCAUCUCAUAUUCAAGAAAAGGAAUAACUGCAUCGUGAAUUUUAUGCUAAUACUUAUUUUUUGCUUGGUAUCCAUUGCGUUUACAAAUGGAUACUAUACGGGGUGCCUCAAAACGGAUGCUGGAUGGUCGAUUGUUGUUAAAGGAAUUUGGAAUAUGUUUUUAGCCAUAGUCGAAUAUAUCACAUAGAAUAUGUAUAUA